GUAUUGAGCGAGCAGAGGUAACCAUAGCAAUGAAGGGAUGUGGCACAGACCCCGGCCUAGGUGAGCCACCCGAGCACGUACCCGGGCUCCCUGGCAGGCUUGUCCUGGGGUGGCUACCCCGUGCCCCCCUUGUCACCAUACUCCUUACCGCACUAGGUAGAGUAAAGCUGGCGUCGGUGUGCCCGCCCACGCUCCAGUCACACGACUGUACCCCCUGUUCUCUCCACCCUCACCUACCAGUGCAAAGUGUCCCCAUGCUGCUCUGAUUGGCUGCACAGGGCAAGGGUCAGUGGCGGUUCAGGCCCCUUGUCUUUGAAUCCGCUAGCCCAAGACUCACUCACCUGGUUCUGACAGCUGCUGAGGUGAGCCGGCUGCUCCCUAACACAGAGGCCUAAGGAGAGCCCUUCCUUCUCAGCGCUCAGACAGACUGCCGGGCACCCGGUCUGCUUCUGGAUCAGAUGCCCCAGGUCGUCCAAGCCACCAGCCGGGAAGCUCUCUGCAUCCCCACUGUCCGUCCAGCCACUCAGCCUGUCCUGGGCUGGCCCGUGGUACGACAGGGAGUGCGGUCCAGACUACCUGGUGGAAGCCCAGCGAGUCAGGACGUGGGAGUGGCGCACGCUGACCAGGACUUGCAGAGCUGUGUGGAGUCGCGAGGGGAGAACGGGUGCCAGGUCUGACCCGCCAGCGCCUACGGGCUCAGCGGCCCCAGCCAGGAUUGGGCAGGAUGUCCCAAGAAGAAGGUGGGAGAAACAAGGAGGCGCUUGAAUACCAGGACGUUACAAUAAACACCGUGGCGAAGGCUUCGGACCUGUACACCCAGCUCGAGAAACUUGGGGCUGGGAAGUUCGGGCUGGUUUACAAGCUGCAGGAGAAGGCCACUGGGAAGAUCCGGGCGGGGAAAUACUUCCGGACGCGGACCCCCAAGGAGCAGGAGGCAGCCUGUAGGGAGGUGGAGCUGAUGAAUCUGCUGCAUCACCCCAGGCUGGUGCAGUGCCUUGCGGCCUUCCAGAGCCGGGCGGAGCUGGUGAUGGUGAUGGAAUACGUCGCAGGCGGGGAGCUCUUUGAGAGGAUUGUGGAUGACGACUUCGAGCACACGGAGCCCACCAGCAUUCAGUACAUGAGGCAGAUCCUAGAGGGGAUCCACUACGUCCAUUGCCAGAGCAUCGUCCACCUGGACCUCAAACCCGAGAACAUCGUCUGCGUCAGCACGAGCAGCCACUGGGUCAAAAUCAUCUACUUCGGCCUGGCACGGAGACUGGAUCCAAAGAGCCCCGUGAAGGUGAUGCACGGCACCCCGGAGUUCAUGGCCCCGGAAGUGAUCGCCUUUGAGCCGGUGGGAUUCACCACGGACAUGUGGAGCAUCGGCGUGAUCUGCUACAUCCUGCUGAGUGGGGACUCCCCCUUCCAGGGGAACAGUGACAUGGAGACGCUGCACAACAUCACGGCUGCCCAGUGGGAGUUUGACGAGGAGACCUUCUCAGAGAUCUCCCAGGAGGCCAAGGACUUCAUCAGCCAGCUACUGCAGAAAGACAGCAGCUGCCGGCUGCCCAGCGACCAGGCCCUCGCGCACCCCUGGCUGCAGAAGACUGAGCAGAGCGAGACGAAGGUUCUGUCCAAGGAGAGGAUGAGGCGAUUCCUGGCCCGCCAGAAGUGGCAGAAAACAGGCAACGCCGUGGUGGCCCUGCGGAGAAUGUCCCGGCUGGCCCAAAAGCUGGAUGAUGCGGUGACCACCCCCAGUGCCCAGGAGAAGGGAGGUUUUCCCCACCUGGAGGUGACGUGGUUCUGGAACGAUGCCCCUCUCCAGGAACGUCCUCGGCUCCCCAUAGAUGAGGAGGAGAAUGGAAGCUGCUCCCUUGCCAUUGCGAGGCUCUCGGUGGAGGACACGGGGCACUACGUGUGCAGGGCCACCAGUGCCGUAGGGGAGGCGGAAUGCGGUGCCAGGCUGAUGGUACAGAGAGGCAGCAACACGCAGACGCCAAAUGCAGAGGAGGGCCCUGGAACUGACCAGCCGUGAGAGCCGCAGGCCAUGGGCUCUCUGCCCGGCAUUGGCGGCAUGGCCUGCAGGAGGUGCUCUGCUUCCAGUCCGGCUCUUUCCCUCAUCCAUCGUUAUUUUUAACUCCAUCGCUGGGCUCCGGGAGUGAACCUUGCUGCGCUCUGCUUCCCACUGUGCCGGGACGUGGCAGGCAGCCACAGAGUGGGCAAGAAGGGCCCAAUCCUGCAGGCCCCAAACAGGCAAAUCCCCAGUCAAUCCAUUUCCCAGUGCAGGGAGUCUGUCCUGUGAGGAUCGAGCCUAGGCCAGCCUCUCUGCUUCCACCUCCCCUCUGCCAGGCUGGGCCCUCGUGGCCCAGCUACAGGGCAGCACAGGGCGGGAGGGUGGAUUUCCCUUAACUCUGCAACCUCUCUGAGCCAGGGGCAAGGCUGGUCCCGCUGCCCCACCGAACAUGGGGCAAAGUACAAAGCCAAGGGGCAGGUUGCUCCCGCCCCCCAAUGGUGGUAAACUCAGCUGUAAAUCUCAUUAAAUCCCAAUAUCCUGGCUUCAGCCAGCGUA